ACCACAAUCAUAAUGUCGACGACUCACACACAAGUCCCUGGCGAGCCAACCAAGACGGGGACAGCCCUUCUUGAAACCGCCACUUCCGCCAUCCAAGCCUUCGGCCCCGUCAACAGAAUCCACCAACACCUAUGCGCCUUCCACUUCUACUCCCACGACAUGACCCGCCAAGUGGAGGCGCACCACUAUUGCGCCCACCAGAACGAGGAGAUGAGGCAGUGCCUCAUUUACAAUGGCCCCGAGGCCAACGCCAAGCUGAUCGGCCUCGAGUACGUCAUCUCAGAGAAACUCUUCAUGACACUCCCGGACGAGGAGAAGCCGCUAUGGCACUCGCACUCGCACGAGGUCAAGAGCGGCGUCCUGUUCAUGCCUGGAGUGCCGGGCGUGAUCGAGAGGCGGGAUCUCGAGAAGGUGUGCAAGACCUAUGGGAAGGUGUGGCAUUUUUGGGAGGUGGACAAGGGGGAUUAUCUGCCCCUUGGGAUUCCGAAGGUUAUGAUGGCGUUAACCAGGGACGGUCAGCUGGACGAGGGAUUGAAGAGGGACGUCGAGAAGAGGUACGGGGUGAGUUUUGAUGAGGAGAAGGUGAACCGGGCGUAUAUGAGUGGGCCCGAGCAUGGGGUGCAUCCGCUGGCGAACGGCGGAGGGAAAGGAUUGACGACGGAACUGAGGGAGACGAACUGCGUUGGGCUUCCGGCUGAUUCUGCUGCUCUUUUUCUCAGGGCGUCUGUUUGAGUAUAAAUUAAUUAAUAAUAAUGAUUAGGCGUCUGUUUAUAAAUGAAAUAAGAUAAUGAUAAUGAUUAGGCGGCUGUUUUGUCAAGUGUUGUUUCUGAAACCUGCGGCAGUUUUUGUUCAUGCCAAAAACAAGACAUUUUCUCUACACGGAUGG